AUGCCUGAACCCAAGAAGACACCCCCUUCGACAGGAGCAGCAGCACCACAAAAGGCCUGCCAUAACUGUCGCCGCCGCCGACUUCGGUGUGACAAAUCUGUCCCCUCCUGUCACAAGUGCUCAAUCAACGGCGAAGAGUGUCUUGGCUAUGGAACCUUCUUCCGAUGGGCGAAUGCCCCAGCUGUCCGGGGCCACCUCGCGUUGCCAAAGCCAAAGAAAGAGCCCUUGAAGAGUCGAACACCAAGUUUGCCAUCACCAACAUCAUUCUCGUCCAUCUCAACAGUAUCGCCUUCAGAUUCCUCAUUGAUAUCUUCUUCAGUAUCCCCGUUGCUGUCGCCCUUGGUAUCGCCCCUGGUAUCAUCGGUGUCACCGGCGUCAUCUACAUCGGAGUGUGACUAUCAAACCAAACCCCUCAGCCGUGCUGAGCUCAUGGCCAUCAACCGCGAGGUUCAGGCUAUGAAGGAUGAGGAGGAAGGAACAUAUAGGUACACUCUGGUUCACCCCUCCCUACUGGAUCCUUUUCACAACUCCCUGGACCGGAAAUCAAAACAUUAUAUCCACCACUUCUCCAAUGCCGUCUGCCGUGAUCUGGUCUCGAUCGACCAGCAAUCCCGCAACCCCUUCCGCGCCAUGAUUCCUCUUGCUGGCCGGUUUGAUUACCUGCAGUCCAUUAUCGUGGCCACGGGGGCUAUGCACCUGGCCACACUGCAAAAUUACCACAACCGCCGCCCAGGAGGGCCAGAACUGGUUGACGCCCUCGUGGCUAAGGGAAAAGCCGUAUCGGCACUCACGAGAGCCGUAGCAAGUGCCGGCAAUGAAGUUACACCCACAAGCCAGGCCAUGAUCUUGGCAGCGAUAGUCUUCUUCGUCAACCUGGACUUGAUCGACAACGGCAAGGGGAGCUGGCAGGCUCACAUCGAGGCAGCUAGUACGCUCAUGACGUCGAUUCAGAAGCAGGUCGCCAGUGGCGGGGCCGAGAACAGGGUGAUAAUAGACGACAGCCUGAUGAGGCUGGUGGACGCCAUCGCGGCGGAUUGCUUGACAUAUCGGAUUCUUGGGACGACCAUAAGCGGCGUUGACACAACGUGGGCUGACUCGAUGGAACACUCGGAUCUCUUUUCUGUGCUCAGCCGGGCCGAGGCCCAUAGCUAUCACUGUUGCCCACCAGUCAUGCUGGAGACCAUCCUGGCCACCAGCAGACUGUUUCAUGAUCAUCUGAGCGCACCAGAGGAAAAGGUGAAGCGGGCGCUGGAGCUCUUGGGCCGCGCCAAAAAGUUCGACGUCGUGGACUGGGUCUAUGCGAUCCAGGGGCUGUCGUUGGAGCAAGAUGAUUUAUCUGUGCGAGUGAGUUUGGCAAGGGCACAUCGCGCGGCGGCAUGUCUGUACAUUUUACUUUGUGUGCCGGACGCUCUCAAACCACUGGGUUUGGUUUCCCUAGAGCCCCUGGUCCUGGAGCUGCGUGGGUAUAUAGCCGAGGUGCCACUCGAUCACGUACUUCUCAAGGGUAUCGUCUGGCCUGUGUUCCUGGCGGGCGCGCAGACCACCGAGGCCUCUCAGCGGGUCUGGUAUGUUGAAAGGCUCGAAUCGGUUUGGGCAAAGAACCCUUGGAUUUGUCCUUGGGGUUACAUACGUACCGCCAUCGAAAUGAUGAGGGAAAUCUGGGAAGCCAGAGAUGCCAUGGAGAUGGCCGGCCUGGAGGAUCUCGGCGGGUGGAAUUGGUUGGCUGCCAUGAAGAGUAGGCGAGAGCAGUGCUUGAUUGUCUGA